AUGAACGGGGAGGUGGUGCAGAAGUUGAUCAGGGUGGCGUUGAUGAUGAGAGAUAACGGGAAGACGGCCGGGGAAAUCGGGAACGAGAAAAUGAACGGGUUGUGGCAGCCUUGGCUCGACGAAGACGAUCCCACGAAACCGUACACCAAGCACACGCCGAAAUGGAAGCGCGACCGGCGCCCGAGACCGCCCGACUACCCUCGCAAAACCUCCGAUCCCAAGUACCCCGAGCAACGUCUAUCGGGCGAGUCGUCGCCGUCGCCGCCGGCGUCGGCGUCGCCCGACGUCCCGACGUCCGUCGACGCGCCGCUCGACAUGAGCGUCAGGCAACGCGGGCUGCCGCCCUCGUACGCCCAGACCAUCAGCAAUCCCGGCUACAGGUCCAAUUACAGGCCGUCGGUCAUACACAACGGCGCGCCCAAAGACGAGCUGCCUUCAGGCAUAUCGAUGUGCGAUCCCAUAAUCGACGAGCACUUUAGGCGAUCGUUGGGCAACGACUACCACAUCGUGUUCCAGAACAACAAUUCCUCCAAAGAGGCGUCGGUGACGCCGCCCAAAUCGCCGCCGCCUGCGCCGCCCACCGUCCCCGCGCCGGCGCCGGCGCCGGUCAAAACCACCAGCAGUGUUAUCGAAUUAAUGGACGGCACCGGUUUGUCGGUGGACGAUCAUUUCGCCAAAGCGCUGGGCGAUACGUGGACGAAGCUCAAUCGAAAGGACGCCGAUAGGCAGAAUGCCAGCGAAAACGGAUUAGUUUCUACUUAA